AAUGGUUUCCUUGAGCUCACUUGUGGCACACCCUUAUAAAUUGAGGUUUCUUCUAUACACUCUAAAGCAAACUCAUUCAUUUCUGUAGCAGAUGAUCAGGAAGAAAGUCCAUUGUGUCAAGAAAAUGAGGGGUUUGUCUGCGUUGGCUUUUGGGCUGGUGAUUUUGACCUUGAUCAGUGCAUGCCAUUCAGAGGCCAUAACAUGCCCCGAGGUCACACUGACUUUGCUGCCCUGUCGGCCGUUCUUGGUGGGUACUCGCCCUGACUUUCCAGGAUUCUCCUGCUGUCUCGGUGUUCAAAGACUUAACGGCGAGGCUUCCAUGACCAAUACCCGCAAGGCUCUUUGUCAAUGUUUUAAGAAGGCUGCUUCAGGAUUUCAUGUUGAUGUCGACAAAGCUAAACAGCUUCCCCAGCUUUGCAAUGUCAAUAAUCCUGUACCCAUUGACCCCAACGUGGACUGCAACAAAUUUCAAUGAUCCCACAAGAGGUUUUGGAUGCCAAUAAAAUAAAGUCAUAAACUUGAGGAUGGAAUUACAGUAACGAAAUAUAUUGUGUGAUGCAAGGAUUAUAUGUAGCAGAUCUUGUUGUUUGCCAUUUUAUGCUUGUUUUUCACAAUAAUAUCAGGAGAUCCAAGAAGAGUUCAGUUUUU